UAGAGCCCAUUUCUAGUUACAAUUGUUCGAGCUUCUUCAACCUACAGCUGAAAACCCUAAUUAAUUUCUACGUUCUCAGUCACCAUAUCGGUUGUAAAACCCUAAGAAAUGUCGUUUCUCCGAAAGCUCCCACACAAACCCCAUAAUUCCCUUUCUAUGCUCACCGUCAUCACCCGGUUUUUCACAACCCUAAACCCAAAGCCUAACCCAUUCCCUGAUGUGCCCACCUCCGCCUACUACGACGACCUGGUCUACGCCGCAGGCCGGUCCAGGGACUUCGAAACGCUCCGCGACGUCCUCAACAAGCGCGUGAGGGACGGUUGCUUCAACACCUCCAAGACUUUCAACUUCAUCACCAACACUGAGACCUCCUUGUCCGUACUCGACGACCUUUCCCAAACCCUAGCUCGCCUCGACAAAGGGUUACCGCGGAAGAGCGCGUACGAUUCACUGAUAUCGCGUCUGUGCAAGUUGGGUCGAAUCGACGAGUCCCUCCGCGUCGUCCACACGAUGGCGCGCGAGGGGUUCGGUCUGAAUGUGUGUAGCUUUCACACCAUACUGAACGCGCUCACGAGGAAGAAGGAAAUGGAGCGUGCGUGGGGCGUGAUGAAGCUGAUGAGGGAGUAUCAGAUCCCGCCAGAUCUGACGGCUUAUAAUUACUUUCUGUCGGCGCACUGUUUCGUCCGAGAUUUGACUUCGGCGACCGACGUGUUGACCAAGAUGGUGGAGGAGGGGGUGAAAGCAGACACGCGUACGUACGACGCGCUGGUGCUGGGCGCGUGUAAAGCGGGGAAGGUGGAGGGUGCACUGGUGGUGCUGAGGAGUAUGGUUGAUGAUGGACUGCCGGUGCUAUUGUCCACACACAUGUACGUUGUAAAAGCGCUGCUGAGGCUGGGCUAUUAUGCGCAGGCCAUUGAGUUUGUGAGGAUUUUUGCUGGAAGGGAAACGUGGCUGGACACUCACAGCUUUGGGUGUUUGGCUAGCAAGCUCAUCGAGUUGGAGAGGUUUGAUGAGGCAAAGUUGGUCUUGGAGGAAAUGAACAAAAGAGAUUUGGAGAUGGGAGAUAAAUUAAUGGACUUUUACAGACUGAAUUUUAGAGAUAAAAAGAACUAAUUUUGAAGAGAUCCAUAGCGAUUGGUCAUUAUAUUUUUACUUUGUUCAGAGUACUUCUCAAUCAUAGCCAUCUCAAUUCUUUGCCACCCUAUUUUCUUCAACGUAUUAAGCUUGUACACAAUGCAAAUUAAUGACUCUUCGGGCU